GGCGUCCGUUGCAUCGAUCCGUGAGCCAAUUCGUACAAUUGAACUUAGCGAAGAUGGCUGCAGUCGCUUCCACCUCCGCCGUUGUCAGGCCCGCAGUGCAGAAGCUCGCCGUGAGGAGGCCAGCGACUGCUCGCCCUGCCCCCAAGGCGCUGCGAUGCCUAGCACAGAAUGAGCAGCAGCAGAGGCAUCAGGUCGCAGCUUCAGCAGCAGCUAUCUCAGUGUUCGCUCUGGCAGCAGCUGCUCCUGCGGCCCAGGCAGCCACUGAGGUCAUGCAGCUCGCAGAGGGUGAGCCUUUCAUUGUGAACGUGGGCUGGGCUGCUCUGGCAGCAAGCUUCAGCUUCUCUCUGGCAGCCGUUGUCUGGGGCCGCUCUGGAAUGUAAGCAGCUGGUCAGUUGGCAGCACUCAUCACUGGGCGUUUAGCAUUCAGACCUGAUGGACCAAGGAAUGAAUGAUAGUAUUGAGAAGAGACAGUAGUUGAGGAGCGAAAGAGUAGCACAUUGCUGCUCAGACAAUUUGAAGUACCUUGGGCGUCGCAUGAAGAGCUGACAUUUAUAGCUGAUGCAUCAACCCCCAUCUUGAACUUGCUGCAUGCACGGCCUGUUGGCACGCUUCUGUAAUCGAUGCAAUAGCGG